GUAGAGAUAUCAUCAAUGACUCACGAAGAAGCGGUGCAAUUCCUUCGGCAAUCCGGUGAAUUAGUAAAAUUAAGAUUAUACCGAGAUCUAGCUCAAACUCCCGUAGCAACUUUAUCCCCGACCGAAACUACUCCAAGAACAUCAUUUUCGAAAAAAACCCAACUCCGCCAAGAAGCCGUUGAUAUGUUAAACGACAUCGCUGUAAGAAAACUAAUCCCAGGUAAUAACCAACAAGAACAACAAUAUCGAAGAUCUUUAUCACCAAGCACAUCACCAAGACAACGUUUACGAAGACGCGAACCUUGCCCAUCGGAUGCUUCGAAUAAUUCCGAUUCAUCCUCAAGACAUUUAAUAAUCGACGAAGUUUUUCAUGAGGGGUUACUAAAAAAAUGUUCGUUACCUUUAGACGAAGAUUCUUUUAACUCCUUAUUCCUCGAAGACGACGACAGCGAUAAACAACCAUCAAGACCCAGCUCUUUAGAUCUCUACAACCCAAAUCAAACUCCCGUCGCUUCUAGAAAACCAAAAUUUAAUUUCUCAUUAGCUCAUAAUGCUUACGAAUUGAAUAAUUUGGAUGCGGAAAUUUUAGACGCACCUAAUUUGAAUUAUAAUAUCGGCGAAGAAGGUACUUCGACGGAAGUUGAAUGCGGGGAUAGUUUCCCGCAGGAACCCGCUUCAAUGCCCCAUAUUCCAGCUAGCGACAAUCCAGGAUUUAGUUACAAAAAUCCGGCUUAUCAAUCCGCUCAUCCGCCGUGUGGAACUGAAAAUUUUGAAAAUAAUACGGGAAUUAAUGCAGGGAAAUGUGUUAAUAAAGGAAACGAUGAUGGUAAUACAAAUAUGAAGAAGUGGAAAGGUGUUGUUUUUACGGCCGAUGAAGAAAGAGAACGACAAAAAGUGCUGAAAAAAGAAGGUUAUAGGAAAGGCGAGAAUGAUUAUGAGAUACUUGCCAUUGAAUUAAAUCGAGGUUGGAAUAGUCGAUUAGGUUUUAGUUUACAAGGAGCAGCUGGUGUAACAUAUGUAAGUGCAGUUCAUGCUGAUAGUGUGGCCGCUAGAGAUGGGAGAAUUAAACCAGGAGAUCGACUGAUUAAAGUAAACGAUGAAAGUGUCGAAAACAUGACGACGUCCGAAAUAAUAGAUUUGUUACGAAUAGUUCGUGGCCCUGUUUGUAUAAUCGUAUCCAGGGCGAAAAAUAAAGAAGACUGUAUUUCACGAAAAACGAAUUGAAAACAACUAAAGAUUUCAAGCAAAAAAUGUUAAGAAACACGUUUUUGAAAGGAAUUUCUUAGUUUUAGUUAAUUUUUUGAAUUGAACUGAAUCAGCUUCCAGAAAAACAAAACGACAACCAACUCGAUUAUUCCUAAUUCCUCCGUAAAAAAACAAACAUAGAGGCAUAGAUUUUAGUGUAAAAAAACACUUACUUGUGAUAGAUGUAGUGUUAUUAAUUUCUUGGUAAAAAAUAUUCCAUUUUUUUGAAUGAUAUCAAAAAUUUUUUCUUUUUAAACAUUUGAAACUUAAGGUCUAAAAUAUACAUAAACUAUUAGAGCUUAGGGAUUAUCGAGGUCAAAAAAAAAUCUGCAAGUAAAUACUUAUUAGGUUUUCGAAAACUAUUAACAAAAUAAAAUUAAAAAAAAAAGUAAUUAGAUAGAUUCUUAGCAUGCGAAAGAUUUACGACUCAAUUAUUAAUAUUAAAAAAAAAACCAACAAGGAUUUAAAGAUUUAAGCGAACGUAAGAUUCUAAAGUUUUUUGCCUCGUAAUAGUGAUGUGUUAUUUUUGGUAAUCAAAACGAUAAAUCAAAAAAAAAAAAAUGUAAUAAUAAAAAGUGCAACAAGAUACGAUGACAAUUAAUUAUUAAUUAAAAAAAAACGAAACGUGAAGGUGAAUCCCCUAAAUAAAAUGAGAUAUCAAUUUUUAUUUCUCCACAUCUA